AUGCCUUUUUGCGAUCGGUCCAUGGAGGAGGAGGAAAGCGUCUCUGCAUGCAUGGCUGGGUGGACAGCAGAAGAUGGGCAUUUCACGAGCGUUCGGCUGGUCUGUGAUCAACCUGGGCGUGAGGACGUGGAAGCACUGAUUGAGGAUCGCUACAUACCCAACAAGUUCCGGAGGCCCAUCGUGAUCGUGACUGUGAUGGUGAUGUCUACAUUGUCAACCAUUUGCUGGGUUCUUGAUUUCCGCAGUGCAUCCCAGCUCGGUAGCUGCGGCCUAGUGGAUUGCAUAUGUUUGAUCUGCCAUACCAGCCUGGUACGACAGCAAGCCACAUGCAACCCCGAGAUCUACGGAAUGAGAUUGCAUUCGCUUAUCAAGUCAAAUAAGCUGUUUUGCGAUGUGGAAUGUCUGGGGCCGCCAAUCGGGACAAAGGCGUUGUCACAGGGAGUGUGGGGCUUUCCUGUUCUUAUUCCUCUUGAACCGAGCCACCCCCGGGCCACAUUUAUUACUGGUUACGUCCCCCCACCUCCCCAAACCAUUCGAAUCAAACUCUCAUCUUACUUUCUUUCCACUUCCCACUCCCCAUAA